GCGAGGGCCCGUUUCUCUUCAGUCAGGGUUCGCCCCGACACCCCGCGGACGGAGGGCCCCGCCGUCAGGACCCGGUGACCGUGCCCUGCUUGAUGGUCAUUGUUCUCCAGAACAGGGAUGGAGGAAAUAUCGGCCCAGGAAGCAGCAGGAUCUCCAAGGGUCCAGUUUCAGCCUUUGGAGACUCACUCUGAGGGUCUGUCCCCAGAGCCUCAGUUCGUGCAGGACACCGACAUGGAACAGGGACUCACUGGGGGAUUUCCAAUUUCCAAGCCUGAUGGGAUCUCCCAGCUGGAACAAGAUCUACAGGUCUUUGAUCUGGAAACUAAGAAUAGAGAAGUCUUAAGAGAUGACUGCUCAGAUGGAGAGACCAGAGAAGAAAACAAGCUGUUGAUUCCUAAGCAGAAAAUUCCAGAAGAAGUACAUUCAUACAAAGUGAGAGUAGGAAGACUCAAAAAGGAUAUUGCCCAAGUUCCUGAGACUAGAGAAGUGUAUAAGACUGAGGACAGAUUAGAAAGGCUUCAGGAAAUCUUAAGGAAAUUUCUCUUCCUGGAGAGAGAGUUCAGGCAAAUAACAAUCAGUAAGAAAACCUUCACCAGUGAGAAGAACAGUGAAUGUAAUGAACCUGAAAAAAGCUUCAGUCUGGACUCAACUCUUGAUGCAGAUCAGAGAGUUCUUAGAAUACAGAAUGUUGAUGACAUUGAUAAGUAUGACAUGAGCCUCAACCAGAAUUCAGCUGGUAAACAUGAACAAAUAAAUCUAACACAGGAUUUUCAGAGUAAUGAAUAUAAGGAAAGUUUAAUGGAACUCUCCCACCUUAAUAAAUGUGAGAGCAUUCCUGCCACUGAGAAAUCCUAUAAAUGUGAUGCAUGUGAGAAAAUCUUCCAUCAGAGCUCAGCCCUUUCUAGACAUCAGAGAAUUCAUACUAGAGAGAAACCCUACAAAUGUAAAGAAUGUGAAAAAUCUUUCAGUCAGAGUUCAAGUCUUAGUCGACAUAAAAGAAUACACACUAGAGAGAAACCCUAUAAAUGUGAAGCAUCUGAUAAAUCCUGUGAGGCGUCUGACAAAUCCUGUAGUCAGAGCUCAGACGUAAUUCAGCAUAAGAAGAUUCACACCAGAGCAAAAUCUUAUAAAUGUAGCACUUGUGAAAGAGUCUUCAGUCGUAGUGUACACCUCACUCAACAUCAGAGAGUUCACAGAGAGAUGCCUUGUAAGUGUACUGUGUGUGGCAGUGACUUCUGUCAUACCUCACACUUAGCUGAACAUCAGAAGGUCCAUUGUGAAGAGAAGUCCUAUGAAUACAACGAAUGUGGGUUGACCUUUAUUAAGCAUCAAGGAAUUCGUCUCAGAGAAAAGCCCUAUACAUGUAAUGAAUGUGGAAAAGACUUCAGAUUGAAUUCCCAUCUUAUUCAGCAUCAAAGAAUUCACACAGGAGAGAAACCACAUGAAUGUAAUGAAUGUGGAAAAGCUUUCAGUCAAACCUCAUGCCUUAUUCAGCAUCACAAAAUUCAUAGGAAAGAGAAAUCCUAUGAGUGUAAUGAUUAUCAGGAUAAUUUCAACCAUAGCUCAGAUCUUGUCCUGCAACAGGAAGUCCUCACCAGAGAAAAAGGCUUUGAUUGUGAUGCAUGGGAAAAGAACCUCAGUCAGAGAGCACACCUUGUCCACCAUCAAGGAAUUCAUACCAAAGAGAAACCUUACGAAUGUGAUGAACGUGGGGAGACAUUUAGUCAAGUUCAGGCCUCAUUCAGCAUCUGAGAGUUCACACCAGGGAGAAAUCGUGUGUGUCCUGAAUGUGGUAAAGGAUUCGGUCCCAGCUCAACCUUUAUUCAUCAUUGGGGAAUUCACACCAGAGAGAAACCUUCUGAAUGUGACGAACAUUGGAAAGCUAUUAGUCCGUGUUAAACUCUUUUGACACCUGCAAACCCAUACCAAUGAGAAAACCUACAAAUACAUUGAAGGUGGUAGAUGCUUCAUGCUAUUUUCAUACCUUAGUCACCAUUGGAGAAUUCAUACUGGAAUAAAAUUCUAUAAAUGUGAUGCAUGUGAGAAUAUCUUCCAUCAGAGCUCAGCCCUUUCUAGACAUCAGAGAAUUCAUACUAGAGAGAAACUCUACAGAUAUAAAGAAUGUGAAAAAUCAGAGUUCAAGUCUUAGUCGACAUAAAAGAAUACACACUAGAGAGAAACCCUAUAAACGUGAAAAAGCCUUCAGUCAAAGAAACUACUUUGUGAGCAUCAAAUUCAUUUCAUGCUGAAUACCUAUGAAUGUAAUAAAUGUGUAUGUGUGGAGGGUUCAGCCAUAUUCCAACCCUCAUUCAGCAAAGAAUCCAUACCCAAGAGAAGUCAUUUGGGUAUAUAGUAAAUGACAAGUCUAGGAGUUCAAGUCUUUUUUCAUCAUCAGAAUAUCCACACCAGACCAGAAUUUGAUAUAAUGCAAGUGGAAGCAUUUAGCACCAUAUUUCAGGCUUUAUUCAACAUCAAAAUAUUGAAGGGAGAAUUAUUAUUUGCAUAUGAAAUCGUUAAUAUAUAGUCCCAGUCUUUUUCAUUGCAGGAGAAUCUAGUCAGAGGGGUGACUUGAUGAAUGCAGUUCUGUUUUCUCGUGGCAUUCUUUUAUUUAAUGGGUGUUAUAAGUAGGUAUGUAUGCUUUAUUUAUGGAACUCAUUUAAGCUAUUUUUAUUUUAAUGUGGCCUAUAAACAUUUUUAUUUUUCCUGAAAUUCGUUCUUAUUGUUCACAGCUUCCCUAAGAUACAUUGAUACACCAAUGUUAAAACAUGUCAACUUCUGGAAAGUUUCUCAUUUAGCUUUUUCUGCUGUUCUCAGCUGAAGUUCUCUCCAAAACAGACUCAGGCCUGCUGUUUUCUGAGGACCCUAUUUCUUUCCAGCCGUAACAUUUGGAUUCCUAUUGAUUUCUCCAUUCUCUUAAGCACCUUCAAUGAUGGUUUCCUAGUUUUAAGCUUUACACCAGCAGGUAUGCCACCCCUACUUGCUUUUUUGGUGUUUUCUGUCCUAAUGCAAAGUAUCUUUCUUUAAAAGAAAUGGAUUUACACACCCUGUCCAUCCAUGAGUAUGAAGGAUUCUGUUUCCCCUGAGUUUGUGGCAGGCAGCAUUUUCAAGUGACACCCAGGUUCUUAGCUGUGUUAGCAUUCACAGCCUUCUAAAAGAGAUGAAAAAGACCUUAGGAAGCCAACAAGACUGGUGGUAGCCUAGCUAUAUUCAGCACCUAUUCUGCAUGUCUAAGUUCAGAAUUAUUUUAUAUAUGUCCAUUGAAGGCCAGCAGAAUGCUCAAGUCUGCUUUUGAUAGGGCAAAACGUAAAGCACAUAUACUAAGAAAUCAGAGAUCUUCGUAAGGGAAUGCUGCCUUCCAUCAAAGGUAUUGUUGUUCUUGUGUAAUACCUUUAGAGAGAGUAUUUCAAGAAUGGCAGAUAUGCCUGUAAAAUUGAACCAUUACAGUUUUUCAUUACCUGUUUGGAAUUGUUUACACAUCAUAUUUUUUGUAUUUUACUAGAGUCUACAGGCCAUAUAAAAUAACAUUUUUUUUUUUUUUUUUUGAUUGAUGAAACUGAGCACAGACGUUGGCUCCAGAGUUCAGGGUCACUGUCAUAACACCUAGCAAGAGUUCAUGAUUCUUUAGAUGAUAUCAAAGCAUUUUAUUGUAUUUUUCCAUCUUAAGCAUCAAAAUAUUUUGUGAAUAAGACAAGUGUUAUUUAAAAUUCUAGUUGUUCCAGCGAUUGAGGCUUUCAUAAUUCAUAUGUUAAAAUAUUCACUAGGGAUCCUCAACAAAUAUAUAAAAAUUCAUUGCUUACUCUGUAAGCCUCUUAUGGCUAAUAACCUCUAGGGUAGUUCUACCACAGUAUUUUACCUCUUAGCCAUCAGCAAGCAUAGGAUCUCAUCAGGGCACGGUAGGGACCUAAAUGAAUUGAUCUAAAUGCAAAGCAUAUGAAAAAUGCAUGUUUUCAUUUUCCUGUCUAUGAACAUGUAUACCCUAUGGAUAGAGACCACGGGUAGUCACCUCCGGUGAUUAUGAAACAGAAGAUUAAGUAAUCUCUAAAUAGCAGAAAAUGUAAAAAUCACAUGUAUGCAUUUGGUUUAGGAAUGUGCUUUUGUACUUCCACUUGAAUAAAGGUGUGUUUGGUA